CUCCACUAUAUAUAUUCUCAAAACUUCACAUCUCUCAUCCUCAAAGAGGCCACAUUAGCAUGAGGCAAGCUGGAGCAUAUUCAGGCUUAGUCUCUGCAAGUCUGUCAGGGAGACUGGGGCCUCACUCAUUGCCCCUGGCGAGGAUCAAGAAGAUCAUGAAGAACUCAGGCGAUGAUGUGAAGAUGAUUUCUGGGGAGGCGCCGAUUGUGUUCUCCAAGGCUUGUGAGCUUUUCAUUCAAGAGCUGACAAAAAGGUCUUGGAUGGUGACCAUGCAAGGAAAGAGAAGGACACUUCACAAAGAAGAUGUUGCUUCGGCUGUUAUGGCUACUGAUAUCUUCGAUUUUCUUGUUAACUUGGUUUCUGAUGAGACCAGUGAUCAUCUUCUCGCCGAAACCCCAUUGGAAGAAAUGGAAACAUUCUCACUAAAUAUAUAAAUACUGUAAGGAUUUUCUAUAAUAACUAAACCCUAAUCAAGAUACUGUAUUUUUCUCUUUUUUAUCUAAUAAGAUGAUGAAUUAUCCA